AUGGAAACCAAACAAUACUUUGUUAGGUUACAAAAGUACAACCGACAACAUAACAUUGACGACGAAAAGAAGGCCCACCCCCUCACCGUGCACGAACUCUCCCUUUUGGUGAACUCGUUGGCCCACCUGAACCCGUUCAUGGCCGCAUUGUUGCGGUUUGUGCUCUGCGCAUGCUACCUGGGUUGUUUCCGGAUCAACGAGAUGCUUGGGCUCAGGUGGUGCGACGUCGCCCUUGGUGACUUGCCUGGUGGCCAAUUUGUUUCCGUUCGUCUGCGCUGGCACAAAAAAGCGAGUGUCGAAAAGGAGUGCCAAGUGUACAACCUGGUGGACGAGCGAGCGUAUCCCUGCCUCCGUGUGUGUGGUUUCUACAACGAGUAUGUGAAUGCCGUUGGAGCGACAUUGAUGAAUGUCACCAAGGACGCGUUUGUGUUUCCACAAGUCACGUGUCUGAUCAAUCGCAGCGUAAAGAUCAACUGGGCUAAAGCCAUGGAAGAGAAUUUUCUGCGGAAACAAAUCAACGAUCUCGUUGAAAGCACCCCUUCGCUGUCGGUCAACAUCUCUUUGCAUAGCAUGCGUCGUGGUGGGUGUUACUACCGUGUGUUUGAGUCCCCGGAACGGAAGUUUAACUUCCGCGAAUUGAUGGUCUGGUGUCGUUGGGAAGACACCAAAACGUGCUGCGAAUAUUUGGUGACGAAAAGUCUCAGUGACGCCAUCGCCCCCCGACAUCUACUGCAGACGCGCCACCGAGGGCCGCACGGUGUCAACGUGGAACCAACCAACGUGGCGGAAAUUGUAGAUCAAAUUGCUCAAUAUGAAUUGACUCAUCUGCAGGGCGAUCGGACGAGCAGUGUCCUCAGCUCGUCGCCAGCUACUCCCAGUGAGCUGUCCGCGAUUGUCAACAAACAGCCUCCAUUGGCUCAGCGCUCGAUGCAGGACUUUGUUGUGCCAAAGAUAAUUCCAACUGCUCGGUCGGCGAAAGAUGCGUGGGAGCAGUGGUUCUUCGUCGAUCACAAAAAUGGCCACCCCUGUGCCCUCAAAGACUACACGAAAUCAAUGAUCAAGUCGGACCGCAAAAAGUAUUCCGAACGACAAACGAUCGCGACAGCAUUCAACAAGUAUCGGUCAUAUUCACACUUCGAACAAGCGUACGCGGGAUACACGAACACAUACUCCAAUCUGCUUCAUGAAGCUCUUGAAGUGUCGGCGGCUGCGGCCUCGGGUGCCUUCGGGUGGCGCACCGUCUUGUGGUCUGCGAUGGAAAGUGUGAUCUGCGCACCCCAGAUCUUGAGCCAAUUGCUCAUCUACAAAAUCAAAGAAUAA